UUGAUUCAGACGGAGCUGACCCUUAACAUCCUCAAGGCGGCUCAUCCUGGCAUCGAAUUCUUGCCGGUAACGGUUACAACCAGCGGCGAUGCCGACCAGCGCGCUCCCCUCGCCGGCAUGGGACUGGGAGUCUUUGUCAAAGAGAUCGAGUACCGGUUGGAAAAGGGCGAAAUCGAUAUGGCCGUGCACAGUCUGAAGGACAUGCCCACCGCUUUGCCCGACGGGAUGUGCAUCGGCGCGGUGCUGGAAAGAGCCGACCCGCGCGAUGUUUUCGUAUCCCACCUCGGUACAACGCUGGGCGACUUCCCGGAGGGGAAACGAAUCGGUACCAGCAGCCCACGCCGGAAGGCGCAACUCGCGCGCCGGCGUCCCGACCUGGAGAUCGUUCCCAUUCGCGGCAACGUGGACACGCGCCUCCGGAAAGCUGCUGGAGAAGAAUGCGACGGUACCAUCGCCGCCGCCGCCGGCCUGAUACGCAUGGGGUUGGAAGACGUGAUCACCGAAUAUCUGCCCACCACCGAAUUCGUGCCCCCGCCCGGGCAGGGCGCAAUGGCCGUGGAGAUCCGGGAGGGCGACGAUUGGAUGCACAAGAUUGUCCUGGCUGCCAACCACUGCGAUACCGAAGCAUCGGUGGCCGCAGAACGGGGGUUCCUCGAGGCGUUGGGAGGUGGGUGUCAGACUCCCGUCGGCGCCUACGCCCAAACCGUGAGUACCAAUCUUGAUGAUCUGGCGUUGACUGUAUUUCUUUCUUCCACCGACGGGGCUACCGCGUUUCGCGCCACUGUGGUCGGCGCCAAGGGAGCGCCCGCCGAACUGGCGGCUGCGGCUUGGAAUGACCUUCGCCAACAGGGAGCCGGUUCGCUGCUGGCCUCAAGCUGA